GAUGACUUCUUGGAGGGAUUGUAAGGGUCUACAGGGGCAGAGCCAGAAGAAGAGUUGGUUGAAGGUCUUUAGGGGCCAGCGAUGGACCGAGCCGAGGAAGAGCAGCUGAAGCUGGAAAUUCUUGAUUAUCUUUGGCUGGGGGGCGCUUCAUGGGACAUGGAGGACGAAGACCUGCAUCGGUUUUAUUUGUGUUUUGAAUUCAACAGGAUGAUUUAGUGGUGCAUCUAUGGCGAGCAAGAGCCCCCAUUUGGAUCCGAACGUUGCACGCUCCAUGCCGGCUGGCGGCGCACAAGCAGUGAUGGCGGCCGGUGCGCAAGACGCGAAAAGCAAGAGGGGGAACUCCGGUUUGAGGCGCCCAGAAAAGCCCCCUUAUUCCUACAUCGCCCUCAUUGUGAUGGCCAUCCAGAGCUCGCCGAGCAAAAGGCUCACUCUUAGUGAGAUCUAUCAGUUCCUGCAGGCCCGCUUCACUUUUUUCAGGGGGUCCUAUCAAGGAUGGAAGAACUCUGUCAGACACAACCUGUCUCUCAACGAGUGUUUCAUCAAAUUACCGAAAGGUCUCGGUCGACCUGGCAAAGGCCACUACUGGACCAUCGACCCUGGUAGUGAGUUUAUGUUCGAGGAGGGCUCCUUUCGCCGCAGACCUCGGGGCUUUCGCAGGAAAUGCCAAACUUUAAAACCAAUGUACAGGAUGAUGAACAGCAUCGGCUUUGGGGCCAACUUUGAUUUCCAGUCAGCAUCAGGCCCUUUAGUGUGUCACAACGGCUACAACUUGGACUUUAACGCGGGGGGCUUUGAGGGACUCGGUGGGGGGCAUCAUGUGUCCCCCGGCUCCAGCUCGUCAUACAUGGCUGCAUGCCAGGUGACCCCCAACGCGGAUUACUGCAGCCCGGACAGUUCCUUGCAGUCCUCCCCGGCCAUGGUGGGCCCUUUGGACUGUCAGAGCCCUUACGGCAACGCAGCCCCCCACUGGAGUUCACCUGCAGUGCCUUCAUACAUCAAGCAGCAGACUCUGACAUCGAACAACAGCACCAGUGCCCACACUGCUUUGCACACACACGGGAUGUCGCCUUAUUCUCUGGAUCAGUCUUACCUGUACCACAAUGGACGAGAUUCUACUGACAUUCCAGCUGGACUGUCUCGAUACUCCAGCCACUCUUCUCCAGUGUGCGACAGGAAAGAUUUCGUUUUAAGCCUCAAUGGGAUGUCCUCUCUCCAUUCCAGCUCUGGCGGCUCUUACUAUCAUCAUCAUCAUCAGCUGCAUCAUCACCAGAGCGCCUAUCAGGACGUGAAGCCUUGUGUCAUGUAACCACCACACGUAUCAUCUGUGAUAUGAGGUUUCUUUUCUCCACGAAGGGCGACAGUAUAUCACAAUGUGAUGCAUGUAGUCAACAUUCUCAUUAGACUUACCGACCGACUGAUUGCGCACAUUUUCAGGACGUGUUUCCAGGAAAAAAACUCAUACAUUUAUGUUAAUCCGUGCACUUAAUAUUGUUGAAAAUUAUCAUUAAAGGAACGUAUUAUUUCUGAUCUGUUACGUGUCGUUAUUCAAACUUUGAAUUAAAUAUACUGUUACUUGCACUAAUCGAUGCGUUUAAUGCGUUUUUUCAUUACAUUAUUAUUAUUAUUAUGAUUGGUUUUACUUGUAUGGUUUCCUAAUUUGCAUGUAUAAACUGAAUGUGUGUUACAAUUUCCUAUACAAAUAUCCUUUCGGUCAUUUCAUGUUCACAGUAUCAAGAGUAAUGAUCCAUUUUUGUUGUUUACAGUUUAUUUAUGACAUUGUUGACAUAUCAGCCUCCCCGUUUUAUGUUGACAAUUCAUACAUCUUUAUACAUUUUGAAUGUAACAGUUUAAAUUCAAAGUUUGACCAAACCGCUCACUGGCCCGUACCCCCUUUUAAGGGACUCUGUCGCCAUCUACUGAACUGUGAAUGACAAAACGCCACAGUAGGGUAUUCCCAUAUUUAAAGAUCCAAAAAGUUGAGUAAUCCACAAACACUACAGUUCCAUUUUCUGUUUCUGUUGAGGCCUUUUCAAUGAGUUUUGAUGACGGUUUAGAAUACAGACCUAAUGCUCCAUUGCCCCAUCAUUUAAUGCACAUCCCUAUUUACUCAUCGAGGAAAAGGCUUCUUGAGGCGUCAUCUGUACUUCUGUGAAGAAGGUGUCGGACGUUGACAACUCCUGUACGACUGAGAGCCUACACAGACGCAUCCCUAUUUACUGUUCUACCUUUAAAAGUUAUUUUCUGUAAAGCACAAAAGAUAAGACCAAUACAUAGCGCAAGCAACUCUUCUUUUUGCCUCCACGCCUGUCGAAAAAUGAAAAUGCAACAACAUCUCACUGGAAUCAGGUCAUAUCCCCAUUUAUUUGAAGGAGGCUGUUAUAAAUAAAUACAUAUCUAUAAAAGUCUAUUUUUUUCUUACAUAGUAACGCCGCGUCUCUAAGUUCUAGUUUAUUUUUAAAUGUGUUAGGAAUGUAUGUUGCUGACAAGGUCAUUGAAGCAUCCCACUAAAUUUGAACAAUUCUAGUCUGGUUUCCAUCCAGAACACUACGACUGCACUCCUUCCAGCUAUGAAGGACAUUCUCAUGCUGAAAAAAGUUCUGUACAGAAGUGGUGCUGGAUUAGCCUUUGUCAAUCACAACAUUUCUUAAAUUCUUUUGGAUAUUUUCCGCCACCUUUUCUUGUGGAGUACCCCAAGGUUCUGUUUUAGGUCUGCUAUUUUUUUGCUCUUUACUUGCUUCCUUUUGGGGUGGUUAUCAGUCUCUUUGAACGACUUUUUAUAUCGCUGCUAAGCGGAUGACUAGCUAUAUUUCAACUAUAUUUCUCUUUUAAACCUUAUCAAACAGACCACGCGAUUGGCUGUCUGCUAUUAUAAGAACUGCAUGGUCAGCAACUUUCUUGGCAAAGACUCCUCCCUCUUUCAGCUCAAAUGCUCACUCAGAUCUUAGAAAUCUCGGGGUUAUUUUUAAUCAAGCAACGAGCUUUUGAAUGCCAUGUUGCAUCCAUCACCCAUACUUAGUUUUUGUUGUUUUGUUGUUUUUUUUUUACCUCAGAAACAUUGCGUUCCUAGGAACAUGCUGUAGUCUCGCUUUCAGUACUGAACAACUCCCUUUUCACAUGCCUCAAUAAAUCAAGCAUAUAGAGCCCCAAAAGAUGGUCCAAAAUGCUGCUGCAGCUGCUGAUCUAGGUUAGUCAGAUUAGUUCUGCCACAUUUCCCACAUUCACUGGCAUCCCAUAUAAUACAAUAAAAGAAUGCAAUAAUCACUUUCCACGGGAAUACUGGAACCUGAGACCCUCCAGUUAGCAUCUACACCUAUAGCUGUACCGCUGCCCUCCACCCCCACCCCCUGCAAACUCAAUCCACAUAUUCCAAACAUUUGUAGUGUGCCUCUAAGCUUUUUCUCUCUCUCCGUUGUCACAGCAUAUUUUACUGUGUACCUGUGUUGCCGUAUGGUUUAUCCUAUGUACUGUACUGUAUACGUUUCCUGGAUUGUAUCAGUGAUUGUUUUACACUGUAAAACAUUUUAUGACUCCUCUACAUUUACUCACUAAUUUCCAUUCCUUUUCUUUGUCAUUAAACACACAUUGUUGACAUUUUUGUCGCUUUAUGA